AUUGGUUCCCGGAGCCCUGGCGGACGGGGCGGGGCUUCAAGCGAGAGGGAGGGAAGGAGGCGAAAGGGUAAGAAAGGGAGUGGAGCUGGCGCCUACGGUGGCCGAAGAGGGACGCGCAGGGCCGGAGGCUGCAGGAUGAUGCGAUUCAUGCUGCUGUUCAGCCGGCAGGGGAAGCUGCGGCUGCAAAAAUGGUACCUGGCCACCUCAGACAAGGAGCGGAAGAAGAUGGUUCGGGAGCUUAUGCAGGUGGUUCUGGCUCGCAAGCCCAAGAUGUGCAGCUUCCUGGAGUGGAGGGACCUCAAAGUUGUCUACAAGAGAUACGCCAGCCUCUACUUCUGCUGUGCCAUCGAGGGCCAAGACAAUGAGCUCAUCACGCUGGAGCUGAUCCACCGAUACGUGGAGCUCCUGGACAAAUACUUUGGCAGCGUUUGCGAGCUGGACAUCAUCUUCAACUUUGAGAAGGCCUACUUCAUCUUGGAUGAGUUUCUGAUGGGGGGAGACGUCCAGGACACUUCCAAGAAGAGUGUGCUGAAGGCCAUCGAGCAGGCGGACCUACUGCAGGAGGAGGAUGAGUCGCCACGCAGUGUGCUGGAGGAGAUGGGUCUGGCAUAGCCCUCGCCCUGGGGCCGAGUGGAGAUGUGGGGAUCUGGUGGAGAGGUGGGGCAUUGGUGGCCCUUUUCCUCUUGGUGGGACCCAGCUGCGCCUGCUCUGCUGCCUCACCUUUUUCUGCAGUGAGCUGUGGGCUCAGGACCCUCAAGCAUUCCCUCCUUCUACCCCUACCUCCUGUUUCCCCUUUUCUCACUGAAGGUUUUAAGGAGCUAGGAGGCAGGAAAAUGUGACCAAGUCGGGGGUGCUAUUUGGCUUUCAUUCCCUGCCUUUGAAGAACCAGUGUCACCCCAAACUUCCCCCCAUCCUUAUAACUGUAAAUAUAUAAAUAUGUCAGGUUAAAGGGAAAAGGUUUUCAGGGCUCUUCUCUUCUCCCUGCCCCAUAACCUACCUCCAGCCCUCCCUGCAGCCAGCCGGGGGCGGCCUCUCUGCCUGGGAGGGGGACUUCUGUGUCUCCAGAGGGAAGUCCUUUUCCCUCAUCUGCCCCUCCCCUUCCUUCUUGGCUGCAGUGGGGCCUCUGUCCAGUGCCCGGGGAGGAACAGCAUAGUUAAUUUUUUUCUAACCUUGCUACUUUGAGGGAAGGGAGGGCUGGGGGGAGGGCAGGCUUUACAGGAGACUGGGCCCUGUCCCUCCUUCACUCUUAAAUUCUGGGUGAGGCAGGAGCUAAGGGGGUGGGGUGGGGAAAGUGUCUGAUUCUUUUUCCUUCUCUGAAAUAAAAGGAAAAGCAUUUCUGGA